GAGUGAAACGCGUGAACAAGUCUUGGAAGAAAUUAAAAUACAAGGUGAUUUGGUACGAAAGCUAAAGGCGGCCAAGGAACCCAAAGAAAAGAUCUUUGUGGUGGACCCAAUUGACUUGAUCAGUUUGUUUGUGACCAACAAACAAUGCCCGAUUUAUUUGUAAAUACUUUUGUAAACGCCUCAAUGCUUCUUAAUGCACCUAAAAAGCCGGGCAAGCGUAGAGGACGGAAACCCAAAGCUAAAAAGCUUCCCAUGUACGAUGUCCAACCGCCUCCGCCACCUACGCCCCAAAUGCCACAAUUACCACCGCAACUUUACAACGAUUAUGUUAACGAAUAUCAACAUCAGACGCCGUAUCAUCCACCGCCACCCCCUCCAGCGCAUCACAUGGCUCCGAGCCACUAUAACAGUAUGGUGGGCUACGAUGAUAUGUCUGGUAUGAAUAAGAUGAUGACUAUGGAUAUAACAAAAACCGAACCCAAUGUGGGUCCCAACAAUCUGCAGAAUGCCAACAAUAACCAAACGAAUAAUGCCAACAGCAAUAGCAUAACGGCGGCGGCCAAUAACAACAACAACAAUGGCAGUCAACUAUGUGCCGGCUGUGGCAAACACAUACAGGAUCGAUACUUAUUACGAGCUUUAGAUAUGCUAUGGCAUGAGGAUUGUCUCAAAUGUGGCUGUUGUGAUUGUCGUCUGGGCGAAGUGGGUUCAACCCUCUAUACCAAAGGCAAUUUAAUGCUCUGCAAAAGAGAUUAUUUAAGGUUGUUUGGCAACACUGGCUAUUGUGCUGCCUGUAGUAAAGUCAUUCCGGCAUUUGAAAUGGUCAUGCGAGCCCGAACAAAUGUUUAUCAUUUGGAAUGUUUUGCCUGUCAACAAUGCAAUCACAGGUUUUGUGUUGGCGACCGUUUCUAUUUGUGUGAAAAUAAAAUACUCUGUGAGUAUGAUUACGAGGAACGUUUGGUAUUCGCCUCCAUGGCCAAUCAUCCCAUGCUGAAACGUCAUGUCAACUCAAUUGCCCAAGAUUCACCGACUGGGGCUGGUGGUGCCAAUACUGCGGGAGGUUUAAUGGGGGCCGGGGCAAAUGGUCCACGUACUCCGGGUGAUCUCAACAACAAUGGGCCACAGAGCGGUGGUCCUGGCAAUUCACCCUUUGGUGCUGGUGCUGGAGCUCACAUGAAGAAUUCGCUGGGUGCAUCAAGCUAAAAUACAUCGACAUCUAUGGCCCACAAUCAUAGACGGCAUUUUUGGAUGAAUCGUGGACAUUACCAAAGAAAAUUUUAGAUUGAAAGGAAGAAGAAGAAAAAACAAAACGAAACAAAGCCAGCCCCCUCCCAGUGUGCAUUGACAGACUAAUGACUGAUGAUGCUUUUAAAACAUCAGGAAUUAAGAAGCCCAGAGCAUCAGUCCAUCAGCAACUGCAACUUUGUGUUUGUGAAGAUGCAGCAACAACCAAUCAACACCUAAGAGGAUUUUAGAGUGUUUGUGUUUAAAAGUUGUGUAAUAAGUUGUGAUUAUUUUUGUUUUUCUUUUACAAUUCUUUGGGAAUUACCCAACUUGAGGUUUGUUGUUAUAAACAUUAUCUAUGUUGGACAAUAUUUUGUAUAUUUUUGUUUUGUAUUUUUACGUUACAAACCUACAAAAAAGUGUGUGUGCAAAAGAUUUUGUCUAAUUUGAAAACAAUGUUGUGCCAAAUGGAAAAAACUUCGUUUUUUGUAUUCCAAAACGGGAACGGGACGGAGAAGUACUAGGGACAGAUGGACGGACUGUCGGACUUAAACCUACCACUAUGUAAUUAAAAUAUGAUUUAAACGAUAAUUUUUGCUAUACAUUUAUACAGAGGUCAUAUUGACUUUGCAAAUACUUUGUUAUCAAAUUUGAAUAUGUUUUGAAAAAUAUCCAUGUUAAAUAUGAAGAAUAUUUGUAAUUCUUAUAUAGAAAAAAAGUCUUUAGAAUAUCAGUACAAGAGCUUAUUUCAUUGAUAUUUAAAUGCGAUAACAAAAAUUUGUAUAAGAAAAUUAGAUUGACCUGUGAGUUCAAUGAGCAUUUUUAAUAUAGCAAAAGUUUUCUUAUGUAAAAUUGCAAGCAAAUUCUUAAGCCACAAAAUUUUGUAAGCAAAUUCCGCACUCUUAGGGCUCAGUAAUAGAAAGUUAUGUCAUUUUCCGACAUCAAAAGAUUUAUGAAUGAAUUCACAAAUGGACGGUCGCGUAGCUUACAUAAAACUAAACGUGGAAAUGCCCCAUUAACAUUGUGAAUGUCAAAAUGGUGGCGAUUUAAGGCCUGGUUAUGCUCUCAUGGUACAAUUCAAGGUAUAUUCAUUUACAGGUAGUGGCAAUAGCCCGAAAACAAAAUAUUGAGUACACUAUUUUUACUAAUUCGCGCCAUUUUUCGUUGUUUAUGUGUGUUAUAGUUCUUGGCUAUAAUACACACACUCAACCAAAACUUGUUGACAGAUAGUGCACUUCGCGGGAAAAAUGAUACUCAGCUGUUUACGGUACACUACCUGGUAAUUAUGUCAUGGCACAAUUAAAAGGUAGGGUUAUUAGCACAACAACAAAACUCUACCUCCAAAGAAAAUACCUUGAGUGGCAAAUGCCGUAAAUUGAAAUAUCAACGUGGUUUUAGAAAUAAACUUAGUUUUACAUCUUAUCUUCUUCAAAUGUGAUUUACUUUUGUAUUUUCAUCAUAAUAACACUGUUUUAUGGUUUAUGUAUGGAAUAUCCUAUCAAAUAGAACAUCCCCUUGAGAUUUUAGGAAAAAAAACACAGCUGUGUUAUCAAGCCUUUGAAUUGUACUCAGCUGUUCGCAUGACCUCACCUUAUAAGUACAUUCUGUUAUGCUGUCGUAAAUGUAGAAAAACGUGUCAGCUGUUUUGUUUUGCUUUAUGAAAACACUUGCAAAAUAUUAACAAACGUCUGCGAGCGUAACAGGAAGGAGAGAGUUCAAUCGGAGGAAAAGAACAAUUGAAAUAUCUGUGAGAACAUAAGAAGAAUUCAUAAGAAGUGAGUAGGGGGUAAAAGCCCCCGUUAUGUCACAAACAUCUGGCUGAAAUAACACACCCCCAACCCAGUCUUUAACUCCAUCUUGCAGCCGAUAACUCAUAUCUCGGAGGGAAGGAGCCAACUCCUGGAGUUCUCCUCAACUCAUUUCUCUUAGCCAAUCUCGAGAAAUGAGUCCUAUAACCUUUCCAUAAUAUCGCGGAUAGUCGACAGGAAUUUACGUCGUGCGCAUAUGCAGUAGUACGACGUCGUCCGCCGAUGCGAUCAUUCUCACGCCAUCUCUCUUCAGAUCUAACAAAAUUUGGUUUAUCACUAGGUGCCAGAGAAUAGGCGUAAACACGCCUCCCUUCGGAGCUUCUCUUGUCAUCCGCUUUCUGAGGACACCAUCUCCGAAGUCUGCGUUGAUAAUCCAUAUACACAUACUGAUUUCGAUCCGGCAUGGGACGAUUAUAAGCACCACUUUAGUUGAAACUCUGAGCUCCAAUUUGUUUCGUGUCAUAACGAGAAGCUUAUCUGAGAACUACCGGCCGUGUCUAUAGGUUGCGGAUAGUGGAAUGCUUCGUAUAUGGAGUAGCUGCAAUUGCAGUCGCGGACAAUCAACGGUAUCGAGUGGAGAGUAUCAGUGAGAGGCCGGACGGCAAUGGCUCUUGCUUAAAUACUGAGCAAGACAUAUUCAUUUACCGGUAGUGGCAGUUGCUCAACAACAAAAUAUUGAGUGCACUUAUCUCUCAAAAACAAUGAUUAGUGCAACUCUGAUUUUGUGUAUGUUACUAGUUCGCGCCAUUUUUCGUUCUUUGUGUAUGGUAUGGUUCUUAACUAUAAUACACACAUACAACUAAAACUCGUUGAGAGAUAGUGCACUUCGCGAGAAAAAAUUGUACUCAGCUGUUUACGGUAUACUACCUGAUAAAUAUGUGUGUCAUGAUACUGCUAUUCUCGAAAUGACAAGGCGAUCUAUUGGAGUUUUUAAAUACCCAAUGACCGUAGCGUUCACUUGGCGAACGGUCGUGUGGAGCGGAACGAGCUUGCUCACUUUUGAAGCUUAACUAGGAAUGCUACCUCGACAUACAACAUCAGCAACAACAACUAAUUUCGAAAACUGUAAAUACCUUCCCAGAAUUUCUUUUGAGUCUAUGGUUAUGGCACAUAGCUCUGCCUGAAAUGUUCUGUGUGUCGAAGUACAGCCCCAAUCCAGUCCCUGCCUCCUGAAACACUUCUCAAUCUACCCACCCCAUCCAUAGUGUCCAGAAGGGAACCUUGGCCGUAUUCAGUCUUCCAGUGCGACUUAGGGCGCUGACUGUCGACCCAUCUCCUCGUUGUUAAAUGCCCUCUCAAUAUUCAAGAAGGUUGCCAUCGCGUACUUCUUCAGUUGGAGAAACGUCUCAACAUCUCGCAUCACUGCAUGGAGGAACGUCUUAUCCGACGUGCACUUGUGUUAUGUCUGAAGUUCUCAGACGUCAGACACCCCCCCCCCCC